AUGUACACGAGUACUACAAGAUUGCCAACAAAGUGCCUCAUCUUGAUGGAAUUGGAGCACGUCUGGGAUCCGCAGGAGAUUGUCGACAAGCUCAAGGUUAUGGACCACAUGCUAUUCAUACAUGGGUGCAGCUUGUGCGGCCCCGAGGAGAUUGAGCGCGACUUGGCCGGCACCGACGUGGAAGCCGUCUCGUUUUGCUUCAAGCAGCUGUUCCUGAGGACGGGAGGAGCAUGGACCAAGCUGGCCAUCAGCAACAACCAUCGCGGACCAUCGCGGACCAUCGCGGAGAGAGGGAUUGGAUCCCCAUUUGUGGAGGGGUCCGCCACCAGCCGUCCCGCGGCCGACUGCCUAUCCAGCGUCGUGGACCCUGGCCGUCUCCAGCAGAAUGGACAGGCGAGAACCGUGGUCGAAACCGGGAUCAACGCCACCCCUAAGAAGCCCAUAACGAUCCAAUUCGAGCGUUGA